AUGGAAUUGGAAAAGAUUGUGAGAGAGCAUGCCAUUGCAUGCGAGGCAAUGCAGAGGGAGCUUGAGAGGUUGAGUGGCAGAGUAGAUGGGAAGGAAGAUGGAAGCACCCGUAGUGGCAAAAACACAAUGCAGGAUAUUGCUGAUGAUGAUAUUCCCAAACAUGAAGCACCAAAGUUGCAUAACGUUAUAGAUACUAAGGUUUCCAAGAAAAAGAGGAAUAAGAUAUUUACAAAUGGUGACAAAGUUCAUGCAGCAAAACUGUUGAGCAGACUUGGGUUGGAAGAUUGUUUUGAAGGUGUGAUAUGCUUUGGAAUACUAAAUUCUCAUACCACGUGGGAGACACCCAUUUCUGUUAUCCCCAAGACACCCAUUCUUUGGAAGCCCUCAAAAGAAGCUAUAAAGCGUGCUCUCCUCCUCGCAAAUGCUGAUCCCAAAAGAACAACUGGAAUUUAUUGUGCUAAUGGAUCCCCCACUGAUGAAAUAUCCAAUAAUGCUGCAACGGCAAGAGCUAUUCUCGGCACUAAAAGUAAUAUUAUUGUUCUCAUUGUGAAAAACAUUCACAAUAAACCUUCUCCACCAGAAUGCAAAAGAAAUAAUUCCAAUGUCUUUUGGGCUUCUUCUCUCUUGAUUCGAAAACUGAGAUCACAGAAUAAGAGAUUCAAUGGUCUCCAGAAUAUGAAAUUACAGCACCUGGAGACGAUUGUAUCGCUUCCACCUCUUCCAUCCAGGCUGUGA